AUGGCCGCCCUUCAUCCCGUCUUGCCCGAGGACAUACUCUUCAACAUUUUUAGCUGCCUGGAGAAACGCACGCAUCUGGUCUCCGCGAUGCUCGUCCGUCGUGCCUGGUAUGGCGUAGCCGAACGGCUUCAGUAUCUGGACAUUACCCUCAAGUUCCCUCUCUUCGAGGCCGCAGGAGACAGUCAGGCCGUACGCUGCCUAACAACACUUGCGACAAGGGUCACCGCCGCCAAUGCAGUCCGCCAUUUGGCUGUCAGUGGUAUGUUCACUGGAGACACUGUUACGCUCCUCUUCAACGCACUGAACCAAAUCACGCGCCUCCUAUCUCUGGAGCUCCGGGUCACUAAUCGUACCCACGAAACCACAUUCCAGACCUUAUGGCAGGCUUCCUGCGAGUCCAGCCGUUUCCUACCUCAACUUUCUGCCAUCAACACCGACGAUGCCGUGGUCGCUGCCAGGGUGGCCCGAGGGCGACCGUUGUCUGUCCUUAGUCUUCCAGAGUUAAUGGAGGCCGCUAGAUUCGACGCGGUUGUGGAUUCGCUUCGUGCCUCUACUGCGGCAGUGACGCAACUUCGCCUAUACAUCGACGUCCACGAUAUUUCCACCGCCGCGGGGAUUGUCCGGACCAUAUGUCGGACACUUCCAUCACUCAGCGUUCUCUCCUUGCAGCUGAGAUUUCCGAAUCCAGCGGACGUGACUUGGGAUACAAUCGGAGACCUUUUGGACGACGCAGAGUCGUCUCUCGACCGCCUCCACUCUCUCAGAGUGCUCAGCCUCGUCCUAAUACCCGAUCCAGUAGAUCUCGCCCGUCUGUACGAAGAGAAGACCAAAGGGUUGGCCCGCAGGGUAGUCGACCGACUCCCCCAGCUACACCGGGUGGAGCUUCGCUGGCAUGGGUGGAUCGUCUCGGCGGAUGCGUGGACACCGACGUCACAAGACUCACAUCAGCUCCAGCAAGAAACGCAGCGAGACAUUUCAAUGGUGUUGUCGCUGUCUGGCACCCAGAAGGUGCCCGGAACACCUGCCCGUGCGCAGUCCGCGUCGACGGAGCAGAGUCCCGGGACGAACCACCUGACUGGCUUCUCCUUCUCUCACAUCGGGAAAGAACCUGAAUUAUUAAAACGUAUCAACCUUGUAGAUCAGGACCAGGAACUGCAGUAUCCUUCUUCGCCCUCGACCCCAGCUCUGCCAGACGAGCCCGCUGUCACCGCGGUGUCAUCGCAAGCAACCUCCAGUAGUAUGCCGGGGGCUUCGUCACGCCACGCAGUGCUCAAGCGCGAAGCCUCAGCUGCCGGGGCUACCUUCCGACUCAGUCCUGACACGACAUUGUUCCACGACGGACCAUCUACCUUUCAAGUUCCAGCCCUCCCCAAGAGCUCAACCGCUUUGGGUAUCUCGGGCAUGCAUUACCCUGAGUUUGCUCAGCAUCAUCGCAUUGGCACUACGAACUCGUCCCUCGCUCCCGCGAAAGAAGCCGUCGCUCCCAUGCCCGCAGAUACGAGUGUUGCAUCAUCACGACCUUCUCCCCUCAACUCCGCUGGCCCGAGCGUCCUCACCCCGUCCCAAGAAGCUCGUCGCAUCAUCCCUGGUACGCAGGACGCAUCUCCCGCAGAUCUCAUCGCACGCAUUUCGCAAGUCGCCGUGGAGAAGGCCGAGUGGAGCGAAAUGAAAGCUCUCAUGGAGCGAUACCGACGGGAGCACGUCGAACUCCUCGAGAGGAACGAAGAAUCCGCGCGCGCAUAUCAGAGGGAGCGCGAGCAAGCUUCGAAGGUCUCCGCCGUCGCCGAUGCUGCGUUCACCAAGUUUGAGGCACUGCUUCAUCGACAAGAAGAGCGACUUGCGGCAGAGCAACAGCAGGCCGAGUUUGCGCUCGCGGACGUCCAAAGGACUAUCGCUGACCGCCAUGCUGCAGAGGCCGCGGAGGAGGCUGCGCGCGCGGCAGCAGCGGAGAGAGAACGCUUCGCGCAGGCGGAGAUGGACAAAGCGGCGGAAGAAGAAACUAGACGCCUCGCCGCAGAACAAGAGGCGGCGCGACUUGCCGAAGAGAGCCAUAAGGCUGAGGCAGAGAGGCAGCGAGCUGAGCAGGAGAGGCGCGAGGUCGAAGAGAAGCGGAGAGCGGAAGAAGAGCAGCGGGCUGCAGAAGCCGCAGAAGACGAAGAGCGACGCAAGAUCUACGAGAGAAAACUAGCGAAAGCGAAACAGAUCAAGGGAGCCCAAAUUGAGGCUCAGCGACUUGAGGCUAAGCAAAUGCUCGAGAAGAGACCUAAGACUGCAAAGGAGGACCUCAUAGCGAGACUGGAGAAGGAGAAGAGAGAAGCGACUUCUCGAUCUUCCUCUGUCUCGUCGUCCAGUACGAAGCCUCCGGCGAGUGUCGGACACAGCCAGGAGACGUCGAGUCGCACCACGUCGGCGAGCAACGACACACCCGCGGCGGCUACUCAACCCCUCGCUACGUCCUUGAAUGGCAUCGACUGGUCUUCCCUUCCCGCCAAGCCCGCCGCUACGAAACCGUCGCGGCCUAGCAAAUUACAGGUCCCGAACGGCAAGGGUAAAGAGAGCGGAAACGCUGUACCAACGCCGAUCGUCAAUCAACACGCACAGCUGGACGGCGUCCUCCCGUCUCCUGUGACGGCGAACAAUCCGUACAAACAGCAGGUGAACGAUAACUCGCAGACAAACGUACAUUUGCAAUCAGAGUUGCAGACGCCGAAACGCGCUAUUGAGGCUGGUAUCAAGCCAGAGGCCAUCACCCCUCGCCUACCCCCCGGCACGCCGACGCAGGCGAUGGUGAACGUCGACACCUCCGGAGUUUUGGUACACAACCAACACAGCGCUCUUAACGUGAGCGAGUUGCGAGGCCGGACCGUCAAAGCGUCGAAAGCAGUCCAACGGACAAGUCAGCCUAGCUCGAGGCACAGUUCAUCGACGAAGGUAGCUCCGGCUGGCGAAGCCGAGCGACCCAGUGUCAAGCAGGAACCGGUCCCGGAUAUUGGCGACUUUGUCGCCCGAUCUGACAAUGUCCCUUCCGCGACCCAGACCACGGGCGUCGUGCAGCACUGUCACCCUGACAAUGCGUCUCAGACUGGCUCUCAGGUCGGCAGAAUCGCCCGCCCUCGUCCUAAUAUCCCCUCGUCGAAGCCAAACAAUCUGGGAAACGCUCGGAAGGCAGGCCAACCCUCUUCCGCCGUUCAGAAUGACGCAUUACCGUCUCCUUCGCAACCCCUUGCGCAGAGACUCUCAAUGCCCGGGAGACCUGAUUCUUCCAUAGAUACCUUCGACGCCAACGAGCCAGGGGAUGCGGAUCCUUGGGUCAACACUCCUCAGUCUCCUGUUACGGCAGAAGAGCAUAUACACAGACGAUUCGAUGCCGUUCGCGACGAGAGAACCUUUUCACGGCCCGCUUACGACCAUUACUCUCCCCAACGAGAGCUGACUCCUCCCCUUCCGGCAAGGGUAGUGUCGCGAGAACAUCGUUAUGAUCACUACUCGCCCACUCCAGGCCGUCCACCACGUCGUGAACGCAAGCGACCGAGGCCGAAUGAGACCGCUUCGGUCAACGACGACGAACCGCCUCCGCGCCGGGCCAGGAUGUCUCCACAUGAUGACCCUCCACGACGCCGACGUGCCACGACGCCUGAGAUCUACGAUCAGCCUAUGCAGUUACCGAUUGGCGAUGGACGCUGGAGCUCCGGAUCCUUGCCUUCCUGGAGCUCCGACCCUCUGCCUCCUCAAGCUCAGCCGCCCGCCGAUCAGCACAACCCGUACAACGCUUAUGCAGGGCAUCCCCCUCUGCGCGACGGCGCUCCCCCGCGCAACUACUACGACAAUGCGUCGAUGUAUGGUGAAGCGUACCUCCCGCCGCUUCCUCAGGCCGAGUACAACUUCGAACUUGCGACGGCAUCGACACAGGAACCGCUUGUCGCACGCUCCCAGACAUCACAGUGGCCCACAGAACAAAAUAAACCUCCCCAGCAACGUAUUGCGGAGCCAGGACCCAGCCUACUCUUGCGCAUCACUGACAGUCCACGCGGCACCAAUGGUGGCACUCAGGCAAGAUCCCGCAAUCGCGGCAAAGUUGACCAAUCGCCCCCGCGGCAAGGUCAGCGCAGCCGUGGUGCAGCCCCCUCUGGCAGGGGCCGUGGUAGGGGUGCCCCGACGAGAGGUGGCAGGAAGCAGGUCUCUCUUGAGUCGCGGUUGGCUAGCGGCUAA